AUGAAGUCGGACCAGCAGUCUCCCCGGUCGCACUCUCGCCGGAGUAGCCCGCGCAAGUCUCAGCGCAGUGGCCCCUUCAAGUCGCUCCGUGGCAUGUCAUCUGGCAUGUUCAGCGACGAGCGGCGAACGUUACGCAAGCCCCCGACCACGCGGAGUGCCCGACCCGACUCGACGACGAAAGACAUUCUCAAGCCGAAAGCGAAGACGCGCAAAGGUCUCUCCCAAAUCUUAGGAUGGAAACAGGAUCACGGCCCGAGCGAGGCGCCCCCCUUACCCCCGCUCCCGUCAUUCGCUGCUGACGGUGGUCUCGCCCCGUUGACCCGACCGCGCCCAAGUGCAGGCCCGGACCCGUUCAGGCAGGUCGAGGGCGGAGCGACAAGGUUGCCUGCAGGUUCUGCAAGGAGCAGGAAGACAUCGGAGACAGUUAGGGCGAUGACCGCCGAGCGCCAUGCAGCGAGCGUGUCCGACGAAGCCCAGGUGGUGGGCAGUCGCCCAGAGAGCACCUUGACUGAAUAUGACGUCCCCUUGACUGGGUCAACGUCAGAGCAGCCGCUGGCCGCUGAAGAGUUACCGAACCGCUUCUCCUCUCUUCGACAAGCUAUCCUCCCUCGCUCUCCACUAGCCUUGAAUGGGAAGUCCCCACAGAGUGCCUUCGCAAACAGGAAGUCUCUCGAUAAGGAGAAGACCCGGUCGCGCAUCUGGAAGGCGAUCAGCACUCGGUCCAGGAGGUCUACCGUCAAGAGCCAGCAAGGCACUGAUGACAAGGGCACCGCCGGCGCUGCGACACCGGCCGCAGUCCGUCGCCGACAGAAGUCUCAGACGUCAACCAAAUCUGAUACGCGGACUCGGUCACCGCGAGACGAGCAUCCCGAUGCAGCCUCUCGACGCCUGCCGAAGCGCAAGAGCUUAGCUGGCUUGUUCGGCGUGGCGCUGAAGAGGUCGUCGGACAUGCUCCGUAUGGCACCGUCAUCACCCCUGGUCACGCCGCAGUCGUCGCCCAAGGCUUUGCGUCGCCUGGCUGAUGCCAUCGACGGGGUUGGUCACCACCUCAUUGCCGCCUCUGCUGGAUCGCAGCCCAUGGACAUGAACGACACGAGCCCCGAUACGGCUGCUUUCUUCAGCCGUGUGGGCAGCCGUGGUGUUGACAACCCCCAAAGUUUUGAUGAUGUCUCUGCCGCUACGGGUCACCUGGACCGCCUCGUUCAUGCCAUCGGCCAGCUCAGUCCAACCAGGCGCCGCCAGUCGACCAGCCCCGAGAGUAAGAGCACAUGGUCAAGCAGCUGGAAGAGUGGCAGCCUCUUGUCUACUUCACGUGCCAAGAGCCCCGCUGCAUCGCCAUCGUCUGGCCGGUUCCGUACGCCGCUCUCCCUCGCUCCGAAGUCUUCUAGUGGCACCGCCACUGCUGUGUCGCCGUCGCCGCAGAGCAAGGUCCGCGACUUCAUGCCGACUCCGCCUCGCUCGCCUCUGAACCGGCUCCGCAACGUGCGCCAGGCCAGGUUAUCGAUCGUGCACGAGCAGGAAGAGAGGGUGCGCCCAAGCAGCUCGACCUUCCGCAGCCGUGCUUCGAUCGCACCUUCUACGGCGUCCAGUUCAAUCCAACCGCAGAGUCAGCUUGGGCACCCCGAGCGUGACGGCAGUAUCCUCAUCGGCGUUGGCGCUGGCACUCCCAAACCCGAUGCUCGGUCUCUGGAGGUGCCUGUGGCGCCGUACGAUGUCUCGGACAGUCCACCUGCCGCGGCUUCGCGGGCAAGCAUCCUGCUGUCGCGCUCGGAUGACUUCGGUCGUGCGACAUUGUAUCCGCGUGCUGCCUCCACUAUCCGCCGCGCACCAAUGCGUCCGGCGUCAACUUCGCUCAGUGCUGGCGAUCGUGACUCUUUCGACUUCACCACCGAGCUCGCUGGUCUCGAGAGUGGCACGGACCGCAUCAGCUUCAUGCAAGCUUUGGAGCAAUCGCGCAAUCUCGAUAGCAUGUUCGGCUUGACGACUGCCAUCGACCAGCGCCACAAGGUAACCAAAUGCUCCCCCUCGAUUGUCAAGACCUCCAAGUCUGACUUCUCGCUUCCAUUGCUUGUUCCGCUGCAGCCGAAGGAGGCUACGACCUACCGCCGCAAGCCGAAGAGCAGCACGGCACCGUUCGCUGGCCAGCCUGGCUUCUCGCUCCCGCGGCCAACCGUCACUUGGGCACCGCCUCAGCUUCCCCUGCCGCCUCUGCCUCCCGCACAGCGGGCUGAGCGUCCUCAGCAUGCCACACACCAUCAGAAGCAGCCAUCUGCGUUCAGCUUCAUGUCGUUAUCCAGUCUCGGCGAGCCUAUCGAGGGUAUCUAUCGCGAGGGUCACAUGUCGUUCGAGCGCAACUUUGAGGGCAUCAGCGACCCUCCCGGGCUUGACCUGGGCUCCAAGGAGUCACUUGCCGACCUGCAAAGUCUCCUCAACCAGGCUGAUCGCUCGCUACGGCGCCAGUCGUCGAAGCGACUUCGGCAGACCUCAUCCUCUACGACCGACUCGCACCUGCUUGACCCGCAGACGAUCCUGUCCAUGUUGCAGCCUGCCUCUCGCCAGACGUCGAUCCAAUCGAUGAGUGACCGCCUGCACCAGAACUCAUCCUCAACCUUAUCAUCGGUUAACGAGGCCGAGAUUAGUGUCGUCACCGGUCCCCCCAUCGACAUGCGCAAGCGUCGUCAGGCCUCGGUCUACUCCAUCCGCGGAAGCAAGGACAGCAGUGCCACAGUCGUGCCCUCGCCCACUCGAGGCACUCGCGCUCGCAUCCCUUCGGAUUGCUCAAGUGCCUUCUCUUACAGCCGCAUUGAGCGACCCACUCUCGGAGAUAGGAUGUUCGACCGUGACAGGGACUGCAUGCUCGAGGGUAUGAGCCCUGUUUCGCCUGAGGCAGCUCUGGGCUUCCGCAGUUUCCAGGAGCAGGAACGCCGCCACAGGGAGGAGUUUGACGACAUGCACCCGUACAGCGCCGAGUACUUCUCGAGGGCUCAACGGGCGCAGAUGUCGAGCGUCACUAUCGACCUGGGCAUGGCCUACGGAGCCAAGAAGAGAGACCAGCGCGUUCAGUCUUCGAGCUCGACUUUCGACUUUGGCGACUACCAGCACUCGCAGCGCGGGUCGUCGAACUCGUCAUGCCGCGCCUCGGACACGAGCGAGCAGACGGUCCGCCUAAGCAUGUCUAUGCCCCGCGUGUUCCACUCCCGCGACAGUAGCAUCUCAAGCUACGAGACACCCUACGGUGGCGCACUGAACCACUACCUCGAGGAGUCCCCGUUAACCAUGAUCUCGGAUCGCUUCACCGCAGCACUCAACGCGCAAGGCAAGGGUAAGCUCCUCAUGUGGUCUUUGGCAGCUGACAUUACAGGCCCUAAUCGCACCAGUGUCCUUCGUCCCAGGCCUAGAUCAAUCACUCGCCGGCACCGCCCGCCUCGACUUCAGCUGUCGACGGACAAUGAAUCUCUCCCCGAUCUGAUCUCACCUGGCGACACCUCCACCGAAGUGUCGUCGUUGUUCUCCCUCGAGACGCGCAGCUCCGUUCCUCCGAGCGGUGUGCACCCUCAGGGCCGCCUCUCGUCUACCAACGUCGAGGUUCAGCCAACUAUACGCGAAGAGUCCUCCUACGGUACCAUCCGCACCGGUAGCCCUCGACACCCGUUGGACGCCUCUCACAGUCCCCACGACCUUGAGCCUAUGGACUGGCAGCCGAACAGCGUUGAGAAGAGUUUACCCGCCUUCCUGCCCUCGUCGUACCAUGACAUCCAGCUGUUUCUAGCGCAGUCGCAGGAGGCGUAUCGCCCGCUGGACCAGGCUCUGCCCGGUCAAGCGCUCCAGCAGAAGUCUUUUGGUGCGAACAGACCGAGCGUGGCACCUGUCGACCGCGGCGACCUGCCACCUCCCGAGACCCGAUACCGCAAUAUGCGCAGCCGCUCCGACGCCGGCACUGAUGGACCCGCCUCCGCUCUGCUGACCCACUUCGCUCGCGACUCUGAGGUUUUACCGAACUCGCUGCGAAACCUCGAGAGGAAGAAGUCGCCCAGCCCCGUUGAGGACAGCAGCUUCCGCUCCAGUGUGACGGAUUCGACUCGCCGCCGCAACCUGGGCUGGAGGCGCAAGCGCCACAGCGAGGACAUCACGACGGCUCUUGGACACAGUCCUCUCGGCUCCGUCUCGGAGUCGAUGAUCAAGAAGCUCGGUGUUAACGACUCGUCCCGCGACCGCAAGCCCUCCACUGCUUCCGUCGCCUCGCCCCUGCCGACGUUCAUCGCCUUCACUCCGCCGGCGCCCCCGAAGCAUGGCUCCUUCCCCUCUCGCAGGGUGAUGGUUGACGCUAACGGCUCUCCAUUCGCUGGCUGGGAGGAUAGUCUGACGGCCCUUCGCGUCCGCACGGGUGACCUCAGCCCUUUGAAGCAUGUGGCCGGCAAGCGUCAGCUCACCAGCAAGGACGGAGACGAUCGCGAUCGUGCGCCGCUAGGCUCCCUCUGGUCCCACAGCGGCAACGCGCCAAAGAGCAAGAUCCCUCAGCCUGCCGGCAAGAACCACGGCAACCAGCCGAAACCGAGGGGCCGCACCAAGUCGAAGCCCAAGACGCCCAAGAUCAUCCCCUUGAAGCACGAGCCGCUGCCCACAAGGCGCCGCGUUUUUGCGGACAAGGAGAAUGCCAUGCCCCGAGCCCCUGUAGCGAGAACUGUGCCUAGGCUCAUGUAA